AUGCGUUUCACAAACAUUCUACCGCUUGCAGAUCUUCCGCUCACGUGGACACCACUGACAUCGGCAGUAGCGGCGAAGACGCGUCCGCCAAGUUUACCCCUUUCGUCUGCGUGCACUGGCUUUUGCUCCCACAUCCUCUCUCGCGCGCGCUCUGAUUCAUUCCCUCUCUCUGCGUUCCCUCUCUCUCCGUUCCCUCUCUCUACGUUCCCUAUCUCUCCGUUCCCUCUAUCGCCCUUCCCUCUCUCUCCGUUCCCUCUCUCUCCGUUCCCUCUCUCGCCGUUCCCUCUCUCGCCGUUCUCUCUCUCUCCGUUCUCUCUCUCUCUCUCUCUGUUCCCUCUCUCUCCGUUCCCUCUCUCUCCGUUCCCUCUCUCUCCGUUCCCUCUCUCUGCGUUCCCUAUCUCUCCGUUCCCUCUCUCGCCCUUCCCUCUCUCUCCGUUCCCUCUCUCUCCGUUCCCUCUCUCGCCGUUCCCUCUCUUGCCGUUCCCUCUCUCUCCGUUCCCUCUCUCUCCGUUCCCUCUCUCUCCGUUCCUUCGGUCUCCGUUCCCUCUCUCUCCGUUCCCUCUCCCUCCUUUCCCUCUCUCGCCGUUCGCUCUCUCCGUUCCCUCGGUCUCCGUUCCCUCUCCCUCCGUUCCCUCUCUCUCAGUAACCUCUCUAUCUGUUCCCUCUCUCUCCAUUCCCUCUCCCUUUGUUCCCUCUCUCUCCGUUCCCUCUCUCUCCGUUCUCUCUCUCUGCGUUCCCUCUCUCUCCGUUCCCUCUCUCUUCGUUCCCUCUCUCUCCGUUCCCUCUCUCUCCGUUCCCUCUCUCCCCGUUCCCUCUCUCUCCGUUCCCUCUCCCUCCAUUCCCUCUCUCGCCGCUCCCUCUCUCUCCGUUCCCUCUCUCCGUUCCCUCCCCCUCCGUUCCCUCUCUCUCUGUACCCUCUCUAUCCGUUCCCUCUCUCUCCGUUCCCUCUCUCUCCGUUCCCUCUCUCUCCGUUCCCUCUCUCUCCGUUCCCUCUCUCUCCGUUCCCUCUCUCUCCGUUCCCUCUCUCUCCGUUCCUUCGGUCUCCGUUCCCUCUCUCUCCAUUCCCUCUCCCUCCUUUCCCUCUCUCGCCUAACCUCUCUAUCCGUUCCCUCUCUCUCCAUUCCCUCUCCCUUCGUUCCCUCUCUCUCCGUUCCCUCUCUCUCCGUUCCCUCUGUCUCCGUUCCUUCGGUCUCCGUUCCCUCUCUCUCCGUUCCCUCUCCCUCCUUUCCCUCUCUCGCCGUUCGCUCUCUCCGUUCCCUCGGUCUCCGUUCCCUCUCCCUCCGUUCCCUCUCUCUCAGUAACCUCUCUAUCCGUUCCCUCUCUCUCCAUUCCCUCUCCCUCCGUUCCCUCUCUCUCCGUUCCCUCUCUCUCCGUUCCCUCUCUCUCCGUUCCUUCGGUCUCCGUUCCCUCUCUCUCCGUUCCCUCUCCCUCCUUUCCCUCUCUCGCCUAACCUCUCUAUCCGUUCCCUCUCUCUCCAUUCCCUCUCCCUUCGUUCCCUCUCUCUCCGUUCCCUCUCUCUCCGUUCCCUCUCUCUGCGUUCCCUCUCUCUCCGUUCCCUCUCUCUUCGUUCCCUCUCUCUCCGUUCCCUCUCUCUCCGUUCCCUCUCUCCCGGUUCCCUCUCUCUCCGUUCCCUCUCCCUCCAUUCCCUCUCUCGCCGUUCCCUCUCUCUCCAUUCCCUCUCUCUCCGUUCCCUCCCCCUCCGUUCCCUCUCUCUCUGUACCCUCUCUAUCCGUUCCCUCUCUCUCCGUUCCCUCUCCCUCCGUUCCCGCUCUCUCCGUCCCCUCUCUCUCCGUUCCCUCUCCCUCCGCCCCCUCUCCCUCCGUUCCCUCUAUCUGCGUUUCCUAUCUCUCGUUCCCUCUCUCUGCGUGCCCUCUCUCUCCGUUCCUCUCUCUCAUUUCCCUCUCUCUGCCAGCCAGCCCCACAAAAUCUCUGCACUUCCUUCACUCCUUCCCUCUCCCCUAA